CACAUUCCGUGUUCCUAAAACUAUCACCAGGGCUCGACAAUAACGUUGUACCGAUGGCCCGGGGCAAGUUAAAACAAAAUUCGGGCAAGUAAAUCCAAUCAUUAAUAUUCCCGUCGGGCAAGCGCACUUUAGCAUGCCGUACUGCCAAGAGUUUUUUUAAAGCGGUUCUUGUUGGGUGUUGGUAAAACACGGACUGCGUAAUUCCGGUGGUAAUUUGCAAACCAAUCCUUGCAAAUCUUGAAAUGGACCAAUCAGAAUCGUUUAUUUAGACCGCGGUCCGUAAUCCACAAUCCGCGUUUUACCCACACCCGUUCUUGUUCGCGAUCAACCAAUCAGCGAUCGUUUUACUAGGAAAACAUCUAUCAUGGCGUCCCUGCCAACAUCGUCUAAUUCGUCAACAACUUCUGAAGGAAAACACCAAAAAGUGAUGAACCAGUGCCUCCUAAACAAGUAUUUUAUUAGCGGCAGCAAAUCAAAUGAUGGCACAGAGAGAGAUUGACCAGACCUUCCUUCCUUACGUUUGGAUUUUCACGAGCUGGCAGAAUGAUCACAUCGCCUGGCAACCGGAGGACUUUUGUGGAAUUCAGAGUGUCCAUCUUCCCACUGAGGUUCUAUGGAAACCAGAUCUCACCAUCGAGGAGAUGAUUGAGAAGGACAAGGCACCCCCGAGUCCACACCUUACUAUCACCAGCGGAGGCCGGGUCCAGGUCCAGAACGAUCAGGUGCUGCUCAGUACCUGCAGGAUGCACAUCUACCAGUUCCCCUUUGACCAUCAGAGCUGCAACCUCUCCUUCAAGUCUGUGGUCCACCCCGCCCAGGAGAUCCAGCUUCUUCACUCGCUCGGCUCCGCAGAGGCCACCAGGUGGUCCAGAGAGGUGAUGCACACGCAGUACGAGUGGCUCUUCAUGGACAUGACCGUGGCCAACAAGACCGUCAGCGUGUUUGGCAUGGAGCAGGACAUGAUUGUUUACACCAUCACCAUGAAGAGGAGACCGGUACUCUACAUCAUCAACUUCCUGCUACCCGUCCUCUUCUUCCUGGGUCUGGAUUUGGCCUCCUUCCUGAUCUCGGACACUGCAGGUGAAAAGCUGAGCUUCAAGAUCACCAUCCUGUUGGCCGUUACGGUCAUGCAGCUCAUUCUCAACGACAUCCUGCCGUGCUCAUCCAACAGGAUUCCUCUCAUAGCUGUCUACUGCAUUGGCAUCUUUGCUCUGAUGCUGCUCAGCCUACUGGAGACCAUCUUGGCCAUGUACUUGAUGGAGAAAGAUGGACGCGGUGAAGACACGAAGACCGGCCGACACCAGAGCUUGGCUGAAGAUGCUGACAGAUGGGCUGACUGUGAAGGAGAGGACAAGAAGACAGAGACACAUUGUCCUGCUGAUGAACAUCAACCUGAACCGAUGAAGGAUGCUGGACGGACACAGUCCUGGACUGUGGAACAGCUCUCAGAGGAGACGAGGGAGGUGAUGAACGCGCUAACGCUGCUUCUUGGGAAGAGGAUGGACGAGGGCAAGAAGUCAGGCUACUGGACCAGAGUCACCCUUCAAAUGAACAGAAUCUUUUUCAUCUUCUACAUUAUGGCUGCAUCUUUGUUUUUGGCUAUUAUAUGUUUCCUUUGGAAGAGCAAUCAGGAUGAAUAACUGGAAUAACAUUGCUUAGUUAGCUAGAUAGCUUGUGUGGGUUAGCUGUUGUCGUGCCUUCUCCCUUUUACAGUAAUAAAUACCAUAAUAAAUAAAAUAAAUAAAUAAAUAAUCAUAAUAAAACCAGUGCAGCACCUGAAAAAGGUAGUAUUUAUCUUGUUAUGUGUUGGGGAUGAAAUUUCUCCUAACCCUAAAAGGCCAAAAGAGCCACUUUAAUAAAUUAAUUAAGACAAUUUCACCUCCUCUUAUGUGUUCAUUAAUCUCCAAUGAUCAGACGGAGAGCCCCCUCACCUUGACUUGGCUGUUUUUACCCCCAUCUAACCUUCUCAUGGCGGCUGGCCUUUACUGACUGGGCAUUUUUCAUCUGUGAGCUUAUUCUAUGCCUGACCUUUUACCUGCUUCAGAGCAAACUAAGCACCUGCUUAGGGCCCCGUGACCACUAGGGGGCCCCCAAGAGUCAUUAAAAAAGAAAUAAGUAAUGAAUGAUUUUUUUCCGUGUGUGAGUGAUGAUGAUUCAUAUAUUAUCAAAUGUACGUUCAUGUACAAAAAAGACAAUAUUACGUUAACAGAGUGUAGUUUCUUACUGCCUCUCAAUAAAUAUAAUGAAGCAUUAUUUCUAUAACCUACUUGUUUUCUAUUGCGGCACUUAGUUAAUAUAGUAAAUAUAUGACUCAUCAAACAUCAAUAAAAUCAGUUUCUCUAAAAUCCACAUGUAUAUAUCACUUAAAUUAAUAAAUCAAUCAUUCAUUCAUUUUCUACCGCUUUUUCCUCACGAGGGUCGCGGGGGGUGCUGGAGCCUAUCCCAGCUGUCUUUGGGCGAGAGGCGGGGUACACCCUGGACUGGUGGCCAGCCAAUCACAGGGCACAUAUAGACAAACAACCAUUCACACUCACAAUAAAUCAAUCAGUAAAGCCGUUUUUAUCAUUCAGUAACUGCGCUCUAUGAUCAAGUCAAACAUUGUUCAUAAAAUUAUUUACAGAUAUUUGGUGGAAGUUUUUUUUUCU